AUAUCUCGGAUUCGUUCUCUCAGCCAAGAAGCUUCAUCUUCGGGGAAUCAAAUUCGAAGCAAGGAAGAACACAGACUCAAUCUUAGACAUAAGUUAUAUGCUGAUGCAUCGAACCACAUAACGAGCUACGUAGCUUUCAUGGCUUGUCUUAUAAACGAAGAGAGCGAUGCAGCGUUCCUUGGUGAAAGAAGAAUCCUUGAGAACUAUUUUGGAACAGAGGAUGAAGUGUCUAGGUUUUAUAAAAGCAUUGGUAAAGACAUUGCCCUUGACUUAGAGAAGAGUUACUUAGCCAAGGUUUUUGAAGGAGUUAACAAGUAUACUUCGAAAGGGUUCCAUGUUCAUUGCGCUGAGUUUGUUCAUACGCAUUUCGAUAGUCCAUGGACAUUUGCAUCGUCAUUUGCAGCAUUGUUGCUUCUUAUGUUUGCGGCUUUGCAAGUCUUCUUUGCAGCUUAUAGUUAUUUCCGUCCUCCUAAAGGAAAGUGAAUGAUGCUUUGUACUCAUUGAAGUUUUUUAAAGGUAAGUAAGUCAAGUGUUCUGUAGAAACUGGAUUUCCACAAUGAAUUUGUUUAUGGG